GUCAGACUUGGAGCCUGCCUGGGCCCUGGGGAGUCGCCGUGCAGACGCGGAGGAGCCGCCGCCGCACCAACGCCGAGGCCGUCGCUGACAGGCCGAUCCCGCGCUUAUCUUCCCGGUGGGGCCCGCCCGCUUCCUUCCGAACUCCGAGGCUGCGAGGCCUCCAACGGUCCCCAACUCCACCGCACCACUCCCCAUCGCUGCCCCGGUCCCAUUCGCCCCAAUCCAAACGGCAUCCCGAUUAAAACCUCCUCCACCACCAUCCCGAUUCCACAGGCACACGCGCACACUUGUGCUACUAGCCAUGGGCUCGUCGGGGUCGAAGGGCAUGGACGGCAUCGUGGGCGGCGCGGCGGCGGGGGUGGGCUGCGGCGGCGGGGAUGGGGAUGGGGGCGCGGGGGCGGGGGUGGCGUGGCACGGCGGCGCGCAGCUGUACGUGUCGCUCAAGAUGGAGAACGCGCGGAUCAGCGGCGACCUCGUCCCGCACGUCUGCGGCUCCGAGCCCAUCAUCGGCUCCUGGGACCCGUCCCACGCCCUCGCCAUGGAGAGGGAGCUGGCGUCCAUGUGGGAGCUCAGCUUCGUCGUGCCGCCGGACCAUGAAACACUGGACUUCAAAUUCUUGCUGAAGCCCAAAGACGCAGCGACCCCGUGCAUCAUCGAGGAAGGGCCGACACGGCUUCUCACCGGUGGCAUGCUUGAGGGUGAUGUGAGCGUUGCACUAUUCAAGCUCAAUGGAGAUGGUGAGGUGCUCGAGUUCAGGGUGUUCAACAAGGCGGACAUCGUGUCUCCUCUUGAUCUUGCCGCGAGCUGGAGGGUGUACAAGGAGAACUUUCAGCCUUCCAGAGUCCGGGGCAUCCCUGAUAUCAGUAUCAAUGUCACACCAACUCAUGCGACUGAGGAUGGAUCUGGGGCUAGUUUGGAACUUGACUUAGAGCAUUAUGUUGUUCCAGCGCCAACUGCACCACCAGUUGAAUAUGCAGCAAACCCUGCAUCCUUGAUUCAAACUGGAGCAUUGUGGACAAAUGAUAUGCUUCUUAGUGAUGGGAUUCAGAGUCCAAGUAGUGUUUCUGCAGAUUUUGAAGAUCAUAGUAACCACAAGAAGAAUAUUGAGGCCUUAGUAGAAGAUUCUUAUAAGAAAAUACAAUCUUCUGGACUCAUAGAGUCCAAAUCAAUUGGUACCUUUACACCGCUGCAAAAGCAAGACAGACAAAAUGGACUUUUCGUUGACAGGGGUGUUGGCUCUCCAAAGCUUCCGAAAUCAGCCAGUGCAUGUUCCCUGGCAUCUGGGCUUAGUUUUGGAUCAGCAAAGACCAUGCCAGAAGCAGCAGGAGCUGUUGCAGCUGCAGCUGUAGCUGAUCGGUUACAUGGGUCAAAGGAGGACCGGAAACUGGCUAUUGUCUUGGUUGGCCUACCAGCUCGUGGUAAAACCUUCACUGCAGUUAAGCUUACAAGGUACCUUCGUUGGUUAGGUCACGAAACCAGAAAUUUCAAUGUUGGAAAGUAUCGUCGUCUGAAGCAUGGAACAAAUCAGUCUGCAGAUUUUUUCCGUGAUGAUAAUACUGAAGGUAUUGAGGCACGUAAUGAGGUAGCUGCUUUAGCAAUGGAGGACAUGAUAGAUUGGAUGCAUGGAGGAGGUCAGGUUGGUAUCUUUGAUGCAACAAACAGCACAAGAAAACGAAGGCAUAUGCUAAUGAAGAUGGCUGAAGGUAACUGUAAGAUUAUAUUUCUGGAGACAAUAUGUAAUGAUCCAAACAUAAUUGAUAGAAAUAUACGUCUGAAGAUACAACAAAGUCCUGACUAUGCUGACCAGCUAGAUUAUGAAGCUGGACUGCGGGACUUCAAGGAACGCUUGAUGAAUUAUGAAAAGGUCUACGAGCCAGUGGGGGAAGGUUCUUACAUUAAAAUGAUUGACAUGGUAAAAGGGCAGGGUGGUCAGCUACAGGUAAAUAAUAUCAGUGGUUAUCUCCCUGGGCGGAUCGUCUUUUUCUUGGUGAACUCUCAUCUUACACCGCGGCCUAUUUUGCUUACCAGGCAUGGUGAGAGUUUACAUAAUGUUAGAGGAAGAGUUGGUGGUGAUACGGUCCUAAGUGAAGAUGGAGAGCUUUAUGCGAAGAAGCUAGCCAACUUUAUUGAAAAGCGGCUCAAGUCUGAGAAAACUGCAACUAUAUGGACCAGCACUCUUCAGAGAACAAUUUUGACAGCAAGUCCAAUUGUUGGAUUCCCAAAGAUACAAUGGCGUGCUCUUGAUGAAAUCAAUUCUGGAGUUUGUGAUGGGAUGACGUAUGAAGAGAUAAUGAAAAUUAUGCCCGAGGAAUAUGAGUCACGCAAGAAGGACAAGCUUAGAUAUCGCUACCCCCGUGGAGAAUCUUACCUUGAUGUGAUUCAGAGGUUGGAACCCGUGAUCAUCGAGCUAGAACGCCAGCGUGCACCAGUGGUCGUUAUAUCCCACCAGGCCGUAUUGCGAGCGCUUUAUGCAUAUUUUGCCGACAGGCCUUUGAGAGAAGUUCCAGACAUAGAGCAUUUAUUCUUAUGUAGAUGCCGCUGCAUACCAUAAUAGAGAUACAAAUGGGAGUCACCGGUGUUGAAGAGAAGAGGUACAAGCUCAUGGACUGAGAUUGUGGUACAUACAAGGCUAUCAGUAAGGCAGCAGCUCUGCUGUUUCGGAUAGUCAUACAGAGUACAGAUACACAAUUAUUCCAGUAUAGUUACCCAAUCUCAUCUUUCUCCGGAUGGUGUAAAACGAACUCCUCCGGUGUAAAAUUUGUACCGAAAAUGCAUAUUGAUCAUUGUAAAGGAAAACAUAUUACUAAUAAGGAACUGUAAAAAUAACAUACUUACUGCUGCUAAUAAGGAAUGCAGACAUACCCUCAAAGCAACAAUAA